AUGAAUGUAUAUAGUGGGAAUUUGUUCAACAACUCUAUCGAAGCAGAAUUUGUUGCCGCAAUGUCUCCUUUGCUUAUUGAUGGAGGUUAUGAAUUUUACUUGGAUAAGGAUGGAAUCACUAAAGAAAGAAUGAAGAUUGUUGAGCCGAAUUUUAAGAAUUGAUAAAAGGAAACCAUAUAAAUGAGAAAACAUUAUUGCGAAAUCAGUUAAG